AAGAGACCGAUGAAUGCCUUCAUGGUGUGGUCCAGGAUAAGACGCAAACACAUCUCGAACGACUACCCGAGGUUGCAUAAUUCGGAAAUAUCGAAACUGUUGGGGGCAGAGUGGAAGGUGCUUCCGGAAGCUGAGAAAAGACCGUUUAUUGAUGAGGCGAAAAGACUGAGGAACCAGCACAUGGUUGACCAUCCGGAUUACAAGUACAGGCCAAGGAGGAAGCCUAAAGUUGAAGGAAAGGAUAGUAGGCUGCUUGCACCUAGGUUGCACCAAAUGUCUGAUCCUUUGCAGCAGGCGUUUAGUAAAGCGUUCUACAAUCAAAACAUCUUAAGUGAGGGCGAAUCUUCGGUAAUAACACUUAACACCCCUCAAGUGGUCGAGCAGAAACCGAAUUUUGCCUUGAGAACCCUAUCAGAAUUUGACCCAAACUACCAACCGUCUAUCACAUUUCCAACGAUGGACAUAGCUUCAGAACCCAUGAAUGUGCGUUUAUCUUAUCCAACCUACACCGGAAGAUCCCAAGAACUGGAGAAACAAAACUUUCAACCAUCUUUGCCGCCAUACACCACCCUAGCAGAAAGCGUUCACCAUCGAGCCCUUCUUAGAGCAGCCUCAAUUUACGCUUAUCACGACCUAGCUACAAAUUCCGUUCCUAUGGGUAUUAUAUGGGGUGUCACGUGUCUGUUGGGGCGUGAUAAGAAAAUUCCCCGGAGACUCGGUUCCUGCUGCAUAUUAAACCUAUUUGUGUUGGAGGGAAUCGAUCGCCACCUAGGUGUGGAAGACUGCAUUAGCUGGAGUUUGUUGUUCCUGGAAUUGAUGGGGAAGAUGUCCCGCCAAUCGUGUUAA